ACGCUAACGGCAUGAAGAGCCGGUUCAGUGUGCAUGAUAGGAUGAGGACACCGCAACUCUCGGACAAUUCGUUAACACUUAGAGAUCUCACACAGCUACCACUACGGGAAUAGUCGGAACGUUUGAUAAUAAAUGGACAGACCAGCAGCUUUCGCGAUUCACUCGUCACCGAGCAGCAGGAAUUAUUGGAAGUGAUGGGGAAUACAACACCCAAACCAUUAUUAGAUGCCAGUCGACAGCACCGCCCAGUGGCCAGCAGGCAGUAUUGCACUAUUACCAACAGUGGAGGGGAGCGCCGCACAUCUGCCCCACCGAUCAGCAUCGAUACGCCCCGUUUUCACCCCCACGCCAAGGGAAAGAACAUUCGGUUGGACGCCCAACUGCGACGGGCCACGCGGAAGAACAGCUUCUGCAAUGGCAUCACCUUCAGCCAGCGACCCGUGCGUUUGUACGAGAAGGUGCGUUUGCGCCUGUCGGGAAUUCACACGGGCUGGAGCGGGGCUCUUCGCUUCGGUUUCACAAGCCUAGACCCCAGCGAGCUUGCCCUGGUGGACAUCCCCAAGUAUGCUUGUCCCGACCUGGUGACGCGGCCUGGAAACUGGGCCAAGGCGCUGCCCGAGAGGCUGGCCAUGCGGGACAAUGUUCUGGCCUUCUGGGCUGACCGCCACGGCCGGGUCUUCUACAGCAUCAACGACGGGGAGCCCAUUCUCUUCCACUGCGGUCUGAGUGUUGCCUGCCCGCUCUGGGCAAUCAUUGAUAUCUAUGGAAUCACACAGGAGGUUACACUGCUGGAGAGCACGUUUGCUGAGAGCGUGGCCACGGGGUGUCUGAGUACCGCUCGACUCAGUGCCUAUCUUCCCCAGAGCAACCACGACUCGGCCAAUUACAGCAACAACCAGCUUGAGACCAACCAGGCCGCCGCCGCCAAGUUCGCCACAUUGCAACUCAGCAGCUACAACCAGCUCAACCCAUGCUGCUCUGCCUCUUCUACUGCCUCAUCAUCCAACGCCUCCACCACCCAGAGAGCAGCCAGAGGGCUGUCCUCACCCCUCGAUACAGACCUGCAUUUUCAUCCUGUCCGAGGUCCGGACGUCGUGCUCUCCAACGACCGCACGGUGGCUUGCACGCACUUUCUGGACAGCAGCAGGACGUUGAUGUUUAGCGACAGGCCUGUCCGUAUGGGCGAGACGCUGUACGUGGAGGUGGGCCAUCUCGGCUUGCCGUACUUUGGGGCACUUCUGUUCGGUAUGACCUCGUGCGAUCCGGGCACCCUCAAUGCUGGCGAGCUUCCAGCCGACCCGGAAGUGCUUCUGGACCGUAAGGAGUACUGGGUGGUGUACAGGGGCUUUCCCGUUCCGACAGCGGGCGACGUGCUCAGCUUUACCCUUCUGGCCAACGGCGAGGUACAUCACGGGGUUAACGGAGGGGCACGUGGCCGUCUAUUGUGCGUGGACUCCUCUCAGGUUCUGUGGGCUUUCUUCACGCUGCAUGGGGCCGUGAACCGACUCAGGAUAUUAGGAACAAUUCAGUCCAGCCCAUCCAGCUGCUCAUCGGCAUCUCAGGGAUCAACACCUGAUGACAGCGACUCUGACCUGGCCUUCAGUGUCAACAGAUCCUCAUCGGCGUCUGAAUCUUCUCUAGUGACGGCCCCCAGCUCUCCUCUCAGUCCACCGGUCUCACCGACCCUCUCCUCAUCAGACGCACCCCAGAGCAACAAGAUCAAUGAGUGUACCGUGUGCUUUGAUCAUGAGGUGGAUACCGUCAUCUACACGUGUGGACACAUGUGUCUGUGUAAUGACUGCGGGCUGAGGCUCAAGAGACAGAUUAAUGCUUGCUGCCCCAUCUGUCGCAGACCCAUAAAGGACGUCAUCAAAACGUACAGGCCAUGAAAGGACUAUAUUGUGCAAACUUGUAUUUAAGAACUUGCGUAUAUAGCUUGGAUUUGUGUAGCAUCAAGCUCUUUCCGUAAUUCUCUCACCUCAUAUUCAAACACGGAUAAUCUAAAUUGAUAGACUAAAGGUUAAAUGAAGACAUGACUGAUGGGAAAAGAUUCAAUAUUUUAGUGCCUUUUGUAGUGUUCCUAAAGCAGCACUUAAUGAAUUAGACAAUCAUAUCUGGAAUGUUUUGUAUGGGUGUGAAUUAAGAAAUUAAAGUUAUUCUCAGAGGGAAAGAUGUGUAACAGUAAUAAACAGGGCUACAAAUGGGAUUUUAUAUAUUAUAUUAAAGAAAUAUGUAUUGUCUGACCUUCUAAUUGCUGUGUAUAUUUGUAUUAUGACUGUUGGCUUUGAUCAUUCAUUGCACUUAUCAGCACAAAAUAGAGAUUCCUUCUCAGAAUUGUAUGAGGAGGACUACGUUUAACAUAAAGAACAAAAAAAAAUCUUUUCUGUAUAAUAGAGUGGUGUGGUAUUUUAACUUCCUUUUUAUUCUUUAUUUUGUCUCUGAAAAAAUUGUCAAACAAUGGCAUUUUCUAGUAAACAUUUAGUCCGAUGAACCGCAAAAAAAAGAGCUAAAUCACAGAAAAAAAUUGUACCUGAAGAAACGGAACACAUGACAAAACAUUCUCAUCAUUGUGAAGAGUGAAACAUUGUAACUAUCAACUUCCAGCAUUAGCUCACCUGAAAAGGGGACUGAAAAGAAGACCUACAGUGUAUCGGCUGAUCAGGAGCAUCUUCAGAUGGAGGUCACUGCAGGCAUGACAUGCUCACAGACAUGGCACAAAACUCCUCGACUGUUGUGAUGAAAGGAAUUGUCAGAAUCAUGUUUCCAUUUGAGAUCUGGACCACACACUUAUUGCAAACUGAUUUUUUUCCGUAACUUUUUUCUUCACCAAGAUCUUCCCUUUAUUCCUUAUAGAUUGCAACACACGCAAUUUAUAGUGUCAAAAUGUCAUCAGUCAUAUAGUAUAGCUGACAAACCUAAAUUAGAGCCUCAACUAAAGACCCAAAGGCUGGCAACAAUCCAGUGUUUUAAACCAGGAAUUGCAU